AUGCUCAUUCAGCUGAGCGGGCAAGUUGCGGCCACACCUUUGCCCUUGGCGUUCUUCGCACAGUCUCAAAUCUCAUUACUGUUAAAACAAUACUAUAUUGAGAUGGCGUACAGUCAUCGAAUGAGCCAACAAUUCCAAGGCACCCAGCAGCAUCACAACAGGGGCCGUAAGAAGGACGAUGAAAACGAUGCAUUAAUGCGCCUGCCUGAUAAAGAAAUUGCAGGAUGUAUCAACGAUAUUGGUAUCCCUUUCACUGCGGCCGACUUGAUCAAGCCGAAUCCGCAGCAAAUUCAGAUGGUAUUCGAAUGGUUCGCAGAGCUCCUUAUGAACAUAACUCGCGAUACGGUAGAACCUGCGAUGCGUGCGGCGGCAGACGAUGUUGGCGGGGACUACCCAGAUAUCGUGCCAACUGACACGCGUAAUCUUAUGGGGUUUUUUGUGAGCGUACGGAGAUUGAUGAUGGAGUGCGGAGUCAACGACUUCACUUUCACGGACAUGACAAAACCUACCCAUGACCGACUAGUCAAAAUCUUCUCAUAUCUCAUCAAUUUCGUUAGAUUCCGCGAGUCUCAAACCCCCGUCAUCGAUGAGCACUUCAACAAGACGGAGAAAACCAAAACGCGCAUCGAUACCCUCUAUGCAGAAAACCAGGAAAUGGAACAGCGUCUUGAGGAAAUGCGGCGCAAUCUGAAGGCCAAUGAGGCACAGGUGAAGGACAAAGUCAAAAGAAAUGAUGAGCUCAAGGCACGGUUGCUGGAGUUGAGGCGGAACCAGGAGAACGUGGCCGAAACACUGGAACGAGUGAAGAAGGACAAGGCCAGGCGUCAAACGCAAUUGGAAGAAAAGAAGGAGAAAUUUGUGCGCACCCGGCAGGAGGUCGAGAAACUUCAGCCGUACGUUAUGGAGAGCCCGGGUAGCCUCCAGUCAUCCCUAACAGAACUUUCGGAGAAUUUAUUGCGCGAGAAGGCUCAAAUAGAUGCGAUGGAAAAGAGAGCGAGGGCACUGCAGACCUCGACGGACACGUUUACGGUUGUGAGCAAUGAUGUGCAGGCUUGUAUCAAAAUCCUCGAAGAAAUAUCUGUGGAGCUACAGAAGGAAGAAGAAGAAGAAUCGCGAGCAGCCAGAAACAGGGAGGCAAUUUCUGAUCGAGGAAACAAUGUAAGAGAGGUGGAGCAGGCGGAGAAAUUACUCCAGCGACAACUGGCGCGAUGGAAUGAAAGAAUUGAAGCACUUCGCAAAAAUGCUCAAGCAAAGGCAGAGGCGGCGCAAGCGCGGAUGGAAGAACUAAGAAAUAUCCAAAAACAGCUUCGUGAAGAGCGUGCAGAAAAGCAACGUGACAUGGAAAGAAGAAGAAUCAAGAUCGAGCAACUCGAGAAGAAGAUGGCGGAUCUCAAGGAAAACAUCGAGAGCGAGGUCCAAAGCGCCCACGACGAGUAUUUAAAGUUAGAGUCGCAUAUCAAGCUUUACAUUUCCGACAUGGAAAAAUGCCUAUAG